UCCAGCCUAUUACGGGGGACAGAAUCACCUAUGACGGUGAAUAUGCACAAAUUAGAACAAAGGUAACCCAAUCUGAAAGCUUUGGAUCCGCUCCUGAAUUUAAAAUAUACGGGGCACUUCUCCCAUCUGAGCCCUAUAGAGGGCGCCAUCACUUGAAAACUCUUUGUAUUGUUGACCUUCUUGGUCAUAGCUUAGUGUCAGAAUGUACACUUAUUUUUUGUAAUGGCCUAGUACAGUACUGUACAGUACGCUAGCAGCUGAGAUUCUACACUCUAUGCUACAACUAGUAAGCAUUGCAUAAUCAAGCUACAAAAUGCUAUCAAUUCCUAAGUGCCUUCAAUUGUGUAAACAAACGAGUAGUAUGAGAAAUUCUUAUCUUCGGGAGCUGUUGAAUGUGCGGAAUGUAACAUUUAUUGGAUGUCGUAGUUGGGGGGGACUUGUGAAGUUGUGUCAGAAAGAACCAAAUGUCAACCUUCCAGAUUACAACACUAGCGUCAAUGUUCAUCAACACAACUUGAAACGUCAGGAUAAACCUUCGAACAAGAGAUGGGAAGGAUUGAAGGAUUUACAUAAGAGGACAGCGGGUUCACUUAUUCCAGAAACACUUAAAGAAAUGGAUGUGAACAAGGACUUUCAGACAACAGCUUCUAAUCUACGUAACAUGGGACAGGCCAAGCUUACAAGAGAUGAACGGAAGAAGAGACAGAGGGCGCUUGAUAACCUUAAUAUUCCCACCUUCCAUGAGUUUAUUAGGCAGUAUAGUCAAAAUUCUUCUAAAGCAGACUUGGAGAAGCUCCUGCAGAAAACCGAUAUUGAGGUAUUACAACUUAAUAUUGGUCUGUAUUGCAAUCAAGCAUGUACUCAUUGCCAUGUUGAGUCCUCACCAAGGAGAAAGGAAAUGAUGACUAGAGAGACUGCUGAAAGAUGUCUUGAAAUCUUGAAGAAUAGCCCAUCUGUACAUACACUUGACCUCACUGGUGGGGCGCCAGAACUUGCAACAGAAUUCAAGUUUCUUGCCAAAGGUGGGCGAGAUCUCGGACGUGAUGUUAUUGACCGAUGUAAUCUCACUGCACUUCUAGAACCUGGACAUGAGAAGACGGCAGAAUUCCUAGCAGAAAAUAAUAUCAUUGUUGUAGCUUCUUUGCCGUGUUAUAGUGCGAAGAAUGUGAACACACAGCGAGGGAGCGGUGUGUUUGAUAAGAGUAUUCAAGCCCUACUCAUGCUGAAUCAACUUGGAUAUGGGAAGGAUGAUAGUAAGCUCAGACUGGACCUCGUGUAUAACCCACUCGGUGGGUUUUUGCCUCCAGCUCAAGCAGAUCUAGAAAUGAAAUACAAAAAAGAAUUGUGGGAAACCUUUGGGAUUGAGUUUAACAACUUGUACACCAUAACCAACAUGCCUAUCAAGAGAUUUGCAGACUUCUUAUACCGCCGAAAUGAAUUAGAAGGAUACAUGAACCUGUUGGUAAGAAACUUCAAUCCAGGUUCAAUGACAGGCCUGAUGUGUCGAAACCACCUCAACAUAAAUUACGAUGGAAAGCUGUUUGAUUGUGAUUUCAAUCAGCAACUGGACCUGCCAAUCUAUCAACGUCGCUCCAGAUCAAAGGAUGCACCAGGAGGCAAGAUACAAUCUGCUCCAUCUGUAUGGGAUAUCGCAUCGACAGAAGACUUGAAACAGUUAUACAUAGCAACAGAUAAUCACUGUUUUGGCUGUACUGCAGGCAUGGGUUCUAGCUGCCAGGGAACUACAGUGUGAUUUAUUGGCAGGUUGUUGGAGCUAUAGGAGAAAGGACCGUUGGACUAUCUCUGUAAACAAGUCUUGUGUUACAAUGUCUCUUCAGAGCUCGGUGUUAACUGCCUGUCAUUUCUCAGUCAGGGCAGUCAGAGCAGAGUCAGAGGCGCAAGUCACUUGGGUUGAGGACGAGUCGCAAGACUUAACAAUAGUAUUUUUAUUUUUGAAUAAUAUAACUAUACGUUAAGUUUAUCCAUAUUGGUACAAUUCAUCCAUUUGGCCUGCGAGGUACGAUUUGUGAUUGUUACAAUAAAAAUGUUAUGAUGAAAUGAUUUAUGUUUACAAUUAUAUUGUGUACCGAUGAUAAAUGUGCAGAUUUUACGUUUAAAUCAUCCGUACCGCCGUAGGGCGAGGCAACAAUUGUAACAAGUUAAAGUUUGAAAAUUGUAAAAUACUAUACAAAAUAUAUAUAUCUUUUUGUAUCAAUGUUUUUUUUCUCAGUUGAGUCCCGAACAUUCUGAGUACCAAAGGUGGAGAACUGUACAGAUGGCUGCACUCUAGUCCUAUAUAUAAUUUUCUUCCUGCAUGGUUAAAGUUCUCGUGGCCUAAGUCCAAGUCCUAGACCAUUGGGACUUAGUGAAGUUAAAGUCCCAGUGGUCUGAGUCCCUAUGAAGUUAAGUAGUUAUUGUACGAAAGCUCAUAAAUGUUCUGAAUCCAUGGAGGUACCUCCAUGUUAAAGGCAGUGCCACCACUACCUUCCAUGUGUAAAGGUAUAUGCUUUUUCGGACUUUGUUUUAUAACAGAUAACAUGAUUUUGUACUUGUGUGGCUGUUAACAGACGUUAUUGGUUAAAGGUCUUGCUUGGACACAAAGGGUCAGUCCACGAUUAAAAGGAGGGGUGUACAAAUUAAUGAAGGCUUUGGUUAAACAAUAUUUUUGAAUCUGCUUGUCUUCUUAAACACUUCUACUGAUGAAAUUAUUAAAAAGAUCUAAAGUAUUGUGUUUUUCCGCUAGUAAAGACAUUCAAAAUUA